UGAAAGGGAAGUUGAUUCUAUAUUAUUGAAUAAUUUUAAGUGAGCCUUCAAAGGAGAAACAGAGAAGUCUGCCACAGGCUGGCUGUAUAAUUUUAUUAUUAGAAUUUUUGUAUAAUUUGGGGACUGAAGAAUGAUUGGGUAAAGAGGGAUUAUGGGACUUACCUGGAUUCCUGCUGAUGUAGCAGUUGAGAUACUUACUUGGCUUUUCUUUCCCGCAGGUGUUACUACUUGGGGAGUUAAAUGAUCUUUCUUCUUGCAUCAUUGCAAGAAGAAGAAUAAGCAGAAACAGGCAGUGAAACCCAAAGCCAGAUUUGUAUGUGUGAUUAGAGCGACAGGUUGCUGUAUCCUAGUAAACUGAGUAAAGCAAAGGCAAUUGAGACUGUGAGGAUGAAGAAUACGGAGAGUGCAUCCCCACAAGUAUGUCAAAUCAUUCACAUACCUGAAAAGCCAUCCUUUCUUCCUCACCUCCAACCUACAGUCAAUGUGCUUGCUUCUGUUAUUGAACCCAAAGAUGCGAAUACUCUAGUCAGGAAGUUGAAUCAGAUUGCACCACUUGAAAAUUUGCAGCAUGUGAAGCGUGUGCGGAAGAAGUGCAUUGAUGAAGGGAAACCUCAAUUAUCUCUGCUUCUAUGUUUGGCUGUUGAAAAUGAUGGUGAGGUUGAUGGCAUGCCAUACGAGAUUCGUGAGAUUGUCAAAUCUUACCAGUUGAGUACUUUCAUCACAAAAGUUUGCAAAUAUGCUGCAACUUCGAAAGAAGAAUGGGAAGAACAGGGCAAGCUCUGGCCUACUUCGUAUCAUCCGCCAACUUACAACAUCAGUGGCAUAACUGGAUUUAGUGAAGAGGAGUCACAAUCAGUUUUCGGUUUAAUGAGACAUACCAUUUAUUUGGCAACAUCUUCUAUUGGUCAGGUGGUCAAUGCUGCUGUUAUUGUAGAUCCUUCAACUAAGCAGGUAAUUGCAAGUGCUUGUGAUCAGGUAAUAUCCUCGGUCAGUCUUGAAAAUGAGGUCAACAAGGAAGGUAGCUUCUCUAACAAUCUAGAAGACCUCAAAGCCUCUAACUUGGAAAACCAGCAAAUGUCACUUUUAGACGGUUCAAUUGGUGACUCUAAACAUUUAACUAAUAAUGUUGCUUGUGUACAUCCUUGGCAAUGGGCAAUGCAAAGCUCUGGUAGCUGGCAUCCAUUAUGGCAUGCGGCUAUUGUAGCCAUUGAACAUUCUGCUGCCAGGGAUCUACAACUUUUUCCUGAUUACAAUGCGCUAUCUCCUUUGAAAAAACAGAAGAUCAAGGAGUCUGACUUCAAAAGUAAUGGCCAUAGUUAUCAAUCGGUCAGACCUUAUCUAUGCACUGGAUAUGACAUUUACCUGGCUUGGGAGCCAUGUGCAAUGUGCGCAAUGGCGCUUGUCCAUCAAAGAGUUAGACGGAUAUUUUUUUCUUCCCCAAAUUCCAAUGCUGGUGCACUAGGAAGUGUUCACAGAUUGCAAGGGGAGCGGAGCUUGAAUCACCAUUAUGCUGUUUUCAGGGUCGUGCUCCCUGAGGAGGUUUUCAGGAAUAAAGUUGUAGAUGCAAUGACUUCUGGAAGUGGUUGAAGCCAAAACUACUCAGAUUGUGAAGAGGUUAGGUCUUAUGACAAUUAAUUAAGUCAGAGAAAUGUUAAUUUGCAUAAUUCUCCAUGACAUGUACACUUGGUCUCCCUUCUUAUGUAUAUGCAAGUAAGAAUGCUACCGUGUGGGUGCAAUGAUCUGUUCCCUUUCUUGUGGCAAUCCCAAAAAAAAAAAAAAAACUUUCUUUGACUAUAAUUCUGAGUCUUUUUUCAAAAAGAUAUUUUGAAUCCUUAGCUAUAUUUACUUGUAGUACUUGUGUAGUUUUCAAAUAUGUACAUUUUUAUUUUGAAUUUUUUGAAGAAUCUGUACAUGAAUUCAUAAUCAAAAUGAAGUGUUUUGACCCUUG